GAUUUUGCGCUUGGUUCCGUCUGCGGGUUCACCUUCCUCGAGUUUCAGCUGGCGACGGGAACAGCUAAAGCGUUUGCGCCUGUUGCGCUACCGGCUCUCUCAAAUCUCCACUAACUUAAAAUCUGAAAGGAAAGAAAAAAAAAUCUAGGUCGACGCCACAUGAUGCUGGAUUCACGGACUUUAUUCCACGCUCUGCUGCUUGUUUUCGGUUUGGCGACAGCUUUCGCCCAGACUGCCGCACCUUCGCAAGGGUGUGAAUCCUUCAAUGGCACAAGCUGUGAGCAGUGUCUUCAAAACGUGUCGUGCUUGUGGUGUAUUCCAAGCAAGACAUGUAUGACGUAUCCAGUGAGGACCAUCCUUCCACCGAGCUCAGUCUGCAAACUGAACGAUGCACGCUGGGGUCUCUGCUGGAUGAACUUCCAGAUCCUGAUAAUCACCUUGUCCGUGAUCGGUGGAGUUCUUAUCAUCGCAUUUUUCGUCUGCCUGUUCUGCUGCUGCAAGUGUGAGAACUGCGGAAACACAAGUUUUGAGGCCAAGAUGAUGAGACAGGCCAGUAAGACGAAGGCAAAGCAAGAAGAAAGGAAAGCAGAGAUGAAACAGAGACAUGAAGAAAUCAGGAAGAAAUAUGGUCUAAGUGGUCCAAAUCCAUACGCCAGAUUUGAAUGAGACCUUUGAUUUGAUUUGAUUUUAUCCUGCAACGCUCCUGACUCUGACACUGCCUUGUGGUCCAGCAAUAAACAUGAUCUGAGUUAAGGUUUAAACUGUGGGCAAAUUACAACCUUGGAAGCAGAUGAUAGUGUUAUAUUUGCAGCCAGUAAACAGGGCUGUUUUGUUAAGUAAUGAUCCAGGAGGCUUUGACUAAAGGCUAAAACAGACGUGUAGCAGUAGGAGUCGCUCACUUUGUCUCACAUCUGUCUACUUUUGGGUUCAGUAAACUUUUGCACUGUGUGAAAUAAACCAGUUUAAAUCACGAACAGUUCUUCAGAUCUGGAAAUGUUGCAAUUUCACCAGUGUUGUCUUCCUCUGUUGAGUUACUGAUGUGCUUAGAAACUAUUUAUGUAUAUUUUGUGUUUUUAAAUUUUUUUCAGUGACUCAUUUACAUUCUGUACUAUAAAGGUCAAAAUCAAGCUUUUUCUUGUACAAAUCUCAAGCAAUCAAUAACUUCAGUUAAGUGCAUUGAUCCUAUACUUAGGCCCGAUAAUAAACUCUACCAACAGACAA